UGUUUAGGAAGUGACGUCACUCAGGAGCGCCGAGAGAACUUGUGAAUCAUGUAAUGGUGUAUGCAAUGACAUUCUUUGAGUGAUUAUUUGAUUAUUUAAUUGCAUUUUUAUAAAACCGAAAGCGCGUCUAUCAAACAUGCGCAAGGCCUUCAGCUCCCCUGUUUUGUGGGUCGAGGUGAUCCAGGGUGCCUGUCCUUCGAGUUUGCGACGGUUUUGUACACGUUAUGAGAGAGGGGAAUUGGUCUUUCUGCUGAGUUUCACAGAAGGGAGGCAGGCAGCCUGGCGUGGGAGGUAUCUUCAGCUGAGUGCCACCAGGUGCUACAGCAUAGUGCCCCCAGCUCAGGACAGCGCAGAGAAAGACAUGCUGGACAGGAUGCUCAGGGUAGAUCAUGCAGGGGAGUAUGGAGCCAACCGUAUCUACGCAGGACAGAUGGCAGUACUGGGGAGGACUGAGACUGGGCCUAUCAUUCAGAAAAUGUGGGACCAGGAAAAGGCUCAUCUCAAGAUAUUUAAUGAGCUUAUGGCUGACAAUAGAGUCCGACCAACCAUCUUAAUGCCAUUGUGGAAUCUUGCAGGGUUUGCUUUAGGAGCUGGGUCAGCACUGUUGGGGAAAGAGGGAGCAAUGGCCUGUACAGUCGCUGUGGAAGAAAGCAUUUCUGAACAUUACAACAGUCAAAUCAGGACAUUAAUGGAGGAGGAUCCAGACAAAUACAAAGAAUUACUUCAAUUGAUCAAGAAGUUCCGGGAUGAGGAAAUGGAACAUCACGAUACAGGAUUAGAACACGAUGCUGAACUGGCUCCUGCUUACUCGCUGAUGAAGAACGUUAUACAAGUUGGCUGCAAGGCUGCAAUAUAUAUGUCUGAACGCAUCUAGAAUAACUGUUUAUAGUUCACAAUUACACACAUAGAACAUUGAAUUGAAAGCAUGUGUAAUUAUUUUCUAAAGUGUGUAAAACUGCAUGAAGUGAUCUAACCUUAUGGUUAUUUAUUAAGUAAUAAAAAACAUUUCCUAAUUUUA